AUGGUUCACACCACACCCACCACCCUCCUGGCCCUAACCGGCCUAGCUGCCACAGCUACAGCCUACAAGCAUACAUGGAGGGACCACAUGAAGUGCGCAGCUGCUGUAGCCCAGGAUGCGGAUUACCCAACCUGCACCUCACCCUCCAAGUUUUACUGCUUCUGCGCGCAGCCAUUUGAGCCGAGCAAAAUAAGCAGUGCAGCAAAGGACGUGUGCGAGGGAUUUGGAAUCCCAACGGAGUCUAUACACAGGUUCAUCUGCGACGACGGUGGCCCUUGGGGUGAUGACGAUGUGUAUGAUUGGGACCAUGGCUACCACCGUAACUGCCACCAUGCCUUCGCUUACGACGAUGACGAAGACGAUGGCAACGACUAUGACAGGGACAGAUAUGGAUAUCGCAUCUCCCAUCCCCACCGCCUCAGCCACCCCAACGUGCGUGUUGCCGCUCCGGAGAGUGAGGCCGGGUCUUCAAACACAGAUAAGCACAGUCCCAACGUCCAGAGCAAGAGGGCGUACGCGCCAGGUCUCUCCCCUUCUGCCUCCUCGGCCGCUGCCAACCGCGCACUCGUCACCAACGCCCCCUCCGCCCUUGAGGAGGACAGCGACUUCGAGGACGGCGAGGAGCACGGGGUCAGGGUCAUCACGGAGUUCCUCACGCAUACAUCCUGCGACUGUUCGUCGUCGACUGUAGCGGCUGCAAGUAGCAGGAUGUCGAGUUGGCCGGCGUAUGUCCAUCAGAGCGCGGUUCCUGUUUCGUCUUUGUCGGCGGGGCAUACGCGUGUUCAUCAGACUCUGGUUCCGGUGUCUUCGUCAUCAUCACACAUGCUUGUUCACCAGACAGCAAUUCCUGCUUCAUCUUCGUCGAGUCGACCGGCCAACCUUGACCAGGUUAUGGCACCUGUUGCAUCGUCGUCAUCAGCUCACGCUCCCCACAGCGCAAUCCCCGUGGCAACUUCAUCAUCAGCGCGCGCGCAUGUUUAUCAGACUGCGGUCCCCGCUUCCUCAUCGUCGACGCACAUGCACCUUCAUGGGAGCGCGAUUCCACAGCCAGCUUCGUCCUCAGCACGUGCGCAUGUUCCUCAGACUGUGGUUCCUGGUGCGUCCGUGUCGAGCCAGCCGGCGCACCUUCACCAGGCUGCGGUUCCCUCUCCAUCGUCAUCAUCAGUGUCGGCAUCGAGUACAGUGGUUAGGUCGCAUGCGGGUGUCUAUGCGCCUGCGUCUCUGUACGUCUCGGUGCCUGUCUCAGUGCCUGCGCCCACGGAGGUUGAUGCGCAGCGGAGCGGGUAUCCCAGUCGUCACAAGUCGAUGGAUUCGUAUGUCGUGGUGCCGUCGGCGUCGCCUUCCCCCUCGCCUGCAGUAAUGACGUUUGAUGGGGGUGCGGCGGUGGGGGUGCUGGUGCCGAGUUCGGUGGUUGUGCUUGGGUUGACUGCGUUAAUGGCGUUCUUUAUGUGA